GUUCAUCUCAAUCACGAUGAACAACAAUAAUUUCAUAUUCAUUAUGACUUCAAGCUGGAAAGUGACAAUUCAUUAAGUAAACUGUAUAGAAAUUGAUUCCGGCAUCUAGUACAUUGUAAGUGUAAGGGCCGUAGAUAUCACGCUGCAACAACAAUAUUAACUUACGAGGCUGGUAAAAGACAGGAACUCACAAGACUGAAGAACUCGCAGACUAUUAUAAUCUCAUAUUCCAAGCAUACGCUGCAACGUGACAGUCGCAGAUUGCCUCAGAUCUUAGCACACCCUUAGCUAAGUGUAGGAGAGCCGCUGCGCUAUACAUCGCGAUCGGUUCACAAUUCACAUAGUGGGAAAGAAUCGGUUGUCAUUGAGCACCAAUCUCUGCCAUAUGUUUGAGAAUGCUGAGAGGAAAGAAACGCUCACGAAACUUGGGAAUAAGGAUUUUGUUUAUUACACUAUUAUUUGGAGGAUUAACGUUAUUAAAGUAUAACCAAGACGCUGGGCUAUCCAAAGAUGAUGCAUCUUCCCAAAGGGUGUUUUUGAGAAAGUUGAGAUCUACAGACGAAACUACGUCAUCGUCUUCGGGCUUUCCCGAGAAUGGCACGGCAUCGAUUACCAACGUUUCAGAGAGUGCGGCAUGUACACCCCCAGCCUAUCAUGAGUUUCCGCCAGAUUUGUUCACGUUGUCACAGAAGAGCCACGGAGCGAUUGUGCUCCACACAUUGGUGGUGAUAUACAUGUUUGCAGCACUGGCCGUGGUCUGUGAUGACUACUUUGUUGCCUCCCUCGAAUCCAUUUGUGAUAAAUUACAUCUCAGUGAGGAUGUUGCUGGCGCCACCUUUAUGGCUGCUGGCAGUUCUGCCCCGGAACUUUUUACAUCUGUCAUAGGUGUGUUUAUCGCAAAAGGUGAUGUUGGAGUUGGGACCAUUGUAGGAUCAGCCGUCUUCAACAUUCUUUUUGUUAUUGGUAUAUGUGCUUUACUCGCUGGACAGGCUGUGGUGCUGACAUGGUUCCCUUUGCUGAGAGAUUCCCUAUUCUACUCAGUCUCUGUUAUCACUCUGAUCGCCGUUAUCUAUGAUGGCUGGGUAACAUGGUAUGAGUCUCUCAUCAUGCUGGUUUUCUAUGUUCUCUACAUCGUGACGAUGCGGUUCAACACUAAAAUUCAGGCUUGGUGUGAAACCAAUAUUCCGGUACCUGCUCCAAAGGCGGGAGACAUCGCAGAUCGGACAUCUAUUUUACCUACUAAAGAAGAUACGAAAUAUUACGGAAAUUAUGAGGUGUUCAAGAACGAAGAUGAGAAGGGUGCUGCUCCAGUGUUUGAUGGCAGGAGAUGUAGUAUAAUGCCAGUAGAUGAUUAUGUUGCACAGAAAUCCCGCAAGCUCACAUGGCCAGAGGCCUGCUUUCUUAUGAUGAUGAAGAAAUUCUUCAAGCCAAAGACGAGAUUUCGCUCGGCCGUCUUACUGGUUAUAUCCCAGAGACAAUCAAUGUUAGAGGACGCGUCCUAUAUGAAGAGAUACAAAUAUAGACAUCUCAGCUACCUCAGUACAGAAAUAAGCUCCUAUGCCGAAGCAGUCAAAGGCUGCCUGGCUCAAAAUGAUGAAGACCAGGCCUGGGACACUUGGAAGAAACUACCAAGUAAAAGUGAUGGAGUAAAAAACAUUGUUUUAUGGGCCUUAGCUUAUCCAAUAAAAAUAGUGCUUUAUUUUACUAUCCCUGACUGUAGAAAAAAGCGGUGGGAGAAAUGGUUUAUGGGAACAUUUAUAAUGGCCAUAAUUUGGAUAAUGGGAUUUUCCUACAUAAUGGUGUGGAUGGUUGUACUAAUCGGUUUCACACUGCAUAUACCUGACAGUAUUAUGGGCAUCACAUUUUUAGCAGCUGGUACCAGCAUUCCCGAUGCCAUUUCUAGCGUGAUAGUAGCCAAACAAGGACAAGGCGACAUGGCAGUGUCUAACACGAUUGGCAGCAAUGUGUUUGAUGUUCUGGUUGGUCUCGCAUUGCCAUGGUUUCUUAAAACUGGCAUGGUGAAUGCAGGGUCAUCAGUUAGAAUAAAUAGUAAUGGAUUAGUAGUGUCCGUCAUCUUACUCUUCCUCACAGUUCUAAUAACAAUUGGUGCUAUUAAUUUUACCGGAUGGACAUUAAACAGACGUUUGGGCAUAGUGUGUAUGGUGUCAUACACAAUUUUCUUAAUUUUUUCAAUUUUAACUGAAUUUAACGUGUUUGGCUAUGUGAAUGCACCAAUGUGCCUUGAAUGAUAUGUUCCAAUAUCUAAAUUACUACAGCUGACAUUCUGUAAUUGAACAAUAUCUUUCCAACUGAAACUCUGAGUGCUAAGACAAUACAAAACAAUUGACUGAAUACUAGGAUUAAAUCAUUGUAUGUGUGAGGCUCUAACCAUGCAAACUAUUAGCGGACGUAUUUGUGCGAAUGGUUAACAUAAAAUUAAUAUCGCAAAAAUGGAAUCGUUUUUAUUCAUAGUUUAUUUCAAAUAUUCAAUUUUUACAUAGAAGUAGUUUCCCACACAUUUUAAAAACUUUGAUCUUGGCUGAGAAAUAUUCUAAAAGCCUUUCUGUUCAUAACAUUAAUUGGAUGUCACCAAAUUGCUACUCUACCGACAUCUAUAUCAUCAUUAGAUAUAGAUUAUAAGAUUCAUAUAUGUUUAGGUGUAAAAUAUAGUAUGUUGUUAUACAUGCAUAGAACAUGUACCUACAUGAUGUUGCAAUUGUACUUUUACUGUAGUAUGAUGUGGA